AUGCCAUUCCUUCGAGUCGGAUGCAAGAGGAUACAUUAUACCGACUUCAAGCCGGAGAACCAUGAGGCUCGCGAGACCUUUGUUUGCAUGCAUGGCCUGGGGUCAUCGCAGGACUACUACCACGCGGUAGCUCUGGGCUUGCAAGCUCACAAAUUCCGAUGUAUUAUGUUUGAUACCACUGGCGCUGGCCGAUCGCCUUACACGCAGAUCGAGCAGAGCAUUCAGAGCCUUGCAGAUGAUCUUAUUGGGAUCUUGGACGCGCUGGAGGUGCCCAAGGCCAUUGUCGUCGGUCACAGCAUGGGAGGCAUAGUAGGAGCACACCUCGCCGCCGAACGUAGUGAUCGCGUUGUAGCCGCCAUACUCAUCGGCCCCGUCUACCCGAACGACAGCAUCGCUCCGGUCUUCGAGAAAAGGAUACAAACGGUGGAGAAAGAAGGCAUGGAGCCCAUGGCCAACACAAUACCAUACGCUGCGCUGGGCAAGAAGGCAUCUCCUCUCGCUAAGGGCUUCAUUCGAGAGCUGCUGCUGGGUCAGAAUCCGGCCGGUUACUGCUCGAAUUGCAGAGUCAUCAUCAACGCGAAGCCACCCAACUACAGCAAGAUUGCCGUGCCAGUGCUGAUACUGGCCGGCGAGGAGGACAAGUCUGCGCCGCUGGAAGGGUGUCAGAAAAUGUUCGAUGAGAUCGGGACGUCAGAGAAGAGGUUGGAGGUCAUGAAGGGCGUUGGACACUGGCACUGCGUUGAGGCUUUCGAGGAUGUGGGGAAACAGAUCCUCUCCUUCUACCAUGAGAUUCAAUAA